AUCUCACCCAUCUAUUCGAGUUCUACUCCUGUGUUAAUUGCCUCUCACGCGCCUCUUACUUCUUGCCAGAAAACAUUAUAGUUUUUUUUUUAACAAGAAAAUAUUAUUGUCGUUUUUAGACUUACUCAUAAAUAUAUAUUAUUUUGAGAACAUCUUAAUAAUUAUUAAUAUUAUCAGUAAUUAAGGUACGUAAAUUAUGUCGCCGUCUGAGCAGGAAAUAACAGAACGGAGGUCUGCCAAUUAUGCCCCUUCAAUUUGGACCGAUGCAUUUAUUCAAUCUCGAACCACGGAAUAUUUGGAUGAGAAAUAUGUGGAGCAAGCUGCAAGGCUGAAGGAAAGGGUGAGGGGUUUAUUGGUGCAAAAAGAGGGGACAUUAUUAUCGGAACAGUUGGAGCUUAUUGAUGUUCUUCAAAGACUUGGAUUGUCACACCAUUUUGACCAUGAAAUACAAGAAAUACUCUCAGCCUUCAACCAAAAACAUCACAAUAAUAAUGAUGAUGAUGAUGACAAUAACAAUAACAUGAAUCUGUACCAAGCCUCUCUACUAUUUCGGCUGUUGAGACAACAAGGGUACCCUAUCCCACAAGGGAUGUUCAAGAUGUUCCUGGACGACGACGGGAACUUUGAGAAGAGGCAUAGUGAGGACGUGAAAGGAGUGUUGAGUUUGUACGAGGCUUCUUAUCUUGGGAUGGAAGGUGAAGAAAUUCUAGAGAAGGCCAAGCAAUUCUGCAUUCACCACUUGAACUCUAUGCUCCAAGCUGGUGGUGGCCAUGAAGAAGAUGAAAUGUGGGAGGAGGAGGUAAGGCAUGCAUUAGAGAUGCCUCUGCAUUGGAGGAUGCCGAGGCUCGAGGCCAGACACUUCAUCGACGUGUACCAGAAAAGAGCCGACAUCAAAACGGAGGAGAUUGUUGAGCUGGCAAAACUGGAGUACAACAUGGUCCAGGCCGUACACUUGAAGGAGUUGAAAGAGCUGUCCAAGUGGCACAAAGACAUUCAGCUGGCAGAAGCCAUGGGAGGGUUUGCAAGGAGCAGAUUGGUGGCAGGUUUGCUGUGGAGCGUUGGGGUCAUCCCCCAUCCCAAGUAUGAAUAUGCAAGAAACAUCUUAACAAAGAUUUCUGAGUUUGUUACUAUGGUGGAUGAUGUGUAUGAUGUUUAUGCCACCCUACGUGAAGCCGAGACUUUGACCCAUGCCAUCCAGCGAUGGGAUGUGAAUGCUAUCGAGGAGGAGGAUCUACCAAGUUGCGUUAAAGUUUUCUUAUUAGCCCUAUUCAAUUAUGUUAACCAGAUGGUUUAUGACGUACUUAUCCAGCUUGGAAUUAACGUUCUCCCCUACCUCAAACAAGCGUGGGUUGGGCUAGCUAAAGCAUACUUGGCGGAAGCAAAGUGGUACCACGGGAGAGAGAAACCAAGCCUAAAAGAGUACUUGGACAACGGGUGGGUAUCCAUCAGUGCGCCGCUAGUGCUAACGGAAGCUUAUGUUGGCAUGGCGGUGGCCGCAGCAGCUGCUGGGGAGACGACGGCUGAGAAUACUAAAGAGAAGAUAGCAGAAGAUCUGCAGCUCCUGCUGGAAGACCAGACAAUCAUCCGGUAUUGUGCCACCAUUUUCCGCCUGAGCGACGACUUGGGGACAUCCUCGGACGAGAUGGAGAGGGGAGAUGUCCCCAAGGCGGUCCAGUGUCACAUGAACGACAACCCAGCUGGGUGUUCCGAAGAAGAUGCCCGCGGUUUCAUCCGCGGAUUGAUCCAAGACAACUGGAGGAAGAUGAACACCUGGGUCGUCAUGACCUACCAGCCCCGCCGCCAUUUCUUCCCAGAUUUCGUCACGGCUGUCCUCAAUUUAGCACGAACCUCUCAGCUCUUUUACCAGUACGGAGAUGGUGUCGCCCGUCAAGAUGACAUCGUCAAACAACGCAUGUACUCCGUCUUCUUCCACCCGAUUUGAUGAUGCCUCAUCAUCAUCCACAC